GCACACUCAAGCAGCGGUUUCCAGGAGCCGCUGUCCCCAUCUUCCCAGGCUCCGCUACACUCAGGGUCGCAUCUUACAAAUUCCACGUCUUGGCGGACUUUGCGAAGGAAAGCGGAGGUAGAGACUCGAGAGGUUGUGAUGGAGCUUGAAGAGGACCUGAACGGAAGAGCAGACAAGAACUCGAAGAUGGGCAAAAAGAGUAAAAAGGAGAAGAAAGAAAAGAAACCAGUGGUCAGUGUGUUUACAAUGUUCCGCUAUGCAGGUUGGCUGGACAGGCUGUACAUGCUGGUGGGAACUCUCGCUGCUAUCAUCCAUGGAGUUGCACUCCCACUUAUGAUGCUGGUGUUUGGAGACAUGACAGACACCUUUGCAAAUGUAGGAAACAUGCAGCCAAACUUUACUGAUGAAAUUGUAUACAACGAUUCAGACAUUCUUAGCGGCCUGGAGGAUGAGAUGACCACGUACGCCUACUAUUACACGGGGAUUGGUGCUGGCGUGCUCAUAGUUGCCUACAUUCAGGUUUCAUUUUGGUGCCUGGCGGCUGGAAGACAAAUACACAAAAUUAGACAGAAGUUUUUCCACGCGAUAAUGAGUCAGGAGAUAGGCUGGUUUGACGUGCAUGACGUUGGGGAGCUCAACACCCGGCUCACAGAUGAUGUCUCCAAAAUUAAUGAAGGCAUUGGUGACAAAAUUGGAAUGUUCUUUCAGGCAAUGGCAACAUUUUUUGGUGGUUUUAUAAUAGGAUUUACCCGUGGCUGGAAGUUAACUCUUGUGAUUUUGGCCAUUAGCCCUGUUCUUGGACUGUCAGCUGGCAUUUGGGCAAAGAUAUUAUCUUCAUUUACUGAUAAAGAGCUUCAAGCAUAUGCGAAAGCGGGAGCAGUUGCUGAAGAAGUCUUAGCAGCCAUCAGAACUGUGAUUGCAUUUGGAGGACAAAAGAAAGAACUUGAAAGGUACAAUAACAAUUUAGAAGACGCUAAAAAGCUUGGGAUAAAGAAAGCCAUCACAGCCAACAUUUCCAUAGGCGCAGCUUUCCUGCUUAUCUACGCAUCAUAUGCUCUGGCCUUCUGGUACGGGACUUCCUUGGUCAUCUCGAAAGAAUACUCUAUUGGACAAGUGCUCACUGUCUUCUUUUCGGUAUUAAUUGGGGCGUUCAGCAUUGGCCAGGCGUCCCCGAAUAUCGAGGCCUUCGCCAGUGCAAGAGGAGCCGCCUAUGAAGUCUUCAAGAUAAUUGACAAUAAACCCAAUAUUGACAGCUUCUCAGCGAAUGGGCACAAACCAGACAACAUUAAAGGAAAUUUGGAAUUCAGAAAUAUUCACUUCAGUUAUCCGUCUCGAAAAGAAGUUCAGAUCUUGAAGGGCCUCAACCUGAAGGUGCAGAGCGGACAGACCGUGGCCCUGGUGGGCAACAGUGGCUGUGGGAAGAGCACCACUGUCCAGCUGCUGCAGAGGCUCUACGACCCCACGGAGGGCGUGGUCAGUAUCGACGGCCAGGACAUCAGGACCAUCAAUGUGAGGUACCUGCGGGAAAUCAUCGGCGUGGUGAGUCAGGAACCUGUGUUGUUUGCCACCACGAUCGCUGAAAACAUUCGCUAUGGCCGAGAGAACGUCACCAUGGAUGAGAUCGAGAGAGCAGUCAAGGAAGCCAAUGCCUAUGACUUCAUCAUGAAACUGCCCCACAAAUUUGACACCCUGGUUGGUGAGAGAGGGGCACAGCUGAGUGGGGGACAGAAACAGAGAAUCGCCAUUGCUCGUGCCCUGGUCCGCAACCCCAAGAUCCUUUUGUUGGAUGAGGCGACGUCAGCCUUGGACACAGAAAGUGAAGCUGUGGUUCAGGCUGCUCUGGAUAAGGCUCGGGAAGGCCGGACCACCAUUGUGAUAGCUCACCGCUUGUCUACAGUUCGCAACGCUGAUGUCAUUGCUGGCUUUGAUGGUGGUGUCAUUGUGGAGCAAGGAAAUCAUGAUGAGCUCAUGAAAGAGAAGGGCAUUUACUUCAAACUUGUCAUGACACAGACAGCAGGAAAUGAAAUUGAACUAGGAAAUGAAGUUUGUGAAUCUAAAAAUGAAACUGACAACUUAGACAUGUCUUCAAAAGAUUCAGGAUCCAGUCUGAUAAGAAGAAGAUCAACUCGCAGAAGUGUUCGUGCACAGCAGGACCAAGACAGGAAACUCAGUAUCAAAGAGAGCCCGGAUGAAGAUGUGCCUCCGGUUUCCUUCUGGCGGAUCCUAAAGUUGAAUUCAACCGAAUGGCCUUAUUUUGUGGUUGGUACACUUUGUGCCAUAAUAAAUGGAGGCUUGCAGCCAGCAUUUGCUGUAAUAUUCUCAAAGGUUGUAGGGGUUUUUACAAAACCAAGUGAUGAUGAAACCAAACGGCAGGAAAGCAACUUGUUUUCCUUAUUGUUUCUGGUCCUUGGGAUCAUUUCUUUUAUUACAUUUUUUCUUCAGGGCUUCACGUUUGGCAAAGCUGGAGAGAUCCUCACCAAGCGACUCCGAUACCACGUUUUCAAGUCCAUGCUGAGACAGGAUGUGAGCUGGUUUGAUAACCCUAAAAACACCACUGGAGCGCUGACCACCAGGCUCGCCAAUGACGCUGCUCAAGUUAAAGGGGCUACAGGAUCCAGACUCGCUAUCAUUACCCAGAAUAUAGCAAAUCUUGGCACAGGAAUUAUUAUAUCCCUGAUCUACGGCUGGCAGUUGACUCUUCUGCUUUUAGCAAUUGUACCCAUCAUUGCCAUAGCAGGAGUGGUGGAGAUGAAAAUGUUGUCCGGACAAGCACUGAAAGAUAAGAAGGAACUAGAAGGUUCUGGGAAGAUCGCUACUGAAGCCAUAGAGAACUUCCGCACUGUCGUCUCUUUGACUCGGGAGCAGAAGUUUGAAGAUAUGUAUGCUCAGAGCUUGCAGAUACCAUACAAAAACUCUUUGAAGAAAGCUCACAUCUUUGGGAUCACGUUCUCCUUCACCCAGGCCAUGAUGUAUUUUUCCUAUGCUGCAUGUUUCCGGUUUGGUGCCUACUUGGUUGCUCAUGAACUGAUGACUUUUGAUAAUGUUCUGUUAGUAUUCUCAGCUAUUGUCUUCGGUGCCAUGGCAGUUGGACAGGUCAGUUCAUUCGCUCCUGACUACGCCAAAGCCAAAGUGUCGGCAUCGCAUAUCAUCAUGAUCAUUGAGAAAGUUCCUGAGAUUGACAGCUAUAGCACGGAAGGCCUGAAGCCGAGUACAUUGGAAGGAAAUGUGCAAUUUAGAGACGUCAUGUUCAACUAUCCCACCCGACCCGACAUCCCAGUGCUUCAGGGGCUGAGCCUGGAGGUGAAGAAGGGCCAGACGCUGGCCCUGGUGGGCAGCAGCGGCUGCGGGAAGAGCACAGUGGUCCAGCUGCUGGAGCGGUUCUACGACCCCAGGGCUGGGACAGUGUUUCUAGACGGCAAAGAAGCAAAGCAACUGAAUGUGCAGUGGCUCCGAGCACACCUAGGCAUUGUGUCCCAGGAGCCCAUCCUAUUUGACUGCAGCAUCGCUGAGAACAUCGCCUAUGGAGACAACAGCCGGGUCGUGUCCCAGGAUGAGAUUGAGAGGGCGGCCAAGGAGGCCAACAUCCACCAGUUCAUCCAGUCGCUGCCUGACAAAUACAGCACCAGAGUAGGAGACAAAGGGACUCAGCUGUCGGGUGGGCAGAAGCAGCGCAUCGCCAUAGCGCGCGCCCUCGUCAGACAGCCUCACAUUUUGCUUCUGGAUGAAGCAACCUCGGCUCUGGAUACAGAGAGCGAAAAGGUGGUCCAGGAAGCCCUGGACAAAGCCAGGGAAGGCCGCACCUGCAUCGUGAUUGCUCACCGCCUGUCCACCAUCCAGAACGCCGACUUGAUCGUGGUGAUUCAGAAUGGCAAGGUCAAGGAGCAGGGCACCCACCAGCAGCUGCUGGCACAGAAAGGCAUCUAUUUCUCAAUGGUUAGUGUGCAGACUGGGGCAAAGCGCUCAUGAACUGUGACCAUGUAAGAUGUUAAAUAUUUUUUAAUAUUUGUAUUAAUAAACAGCAUUUAAUCAAAGUCAAAAAGAAAGCACUUACUAGAAUAGCUAGUUAUCUGUUUCCUGUCACCAUGAAAAGCAUUUCGUCCAGAGUAGAGUCUUCAGAGACUAUGUAUCAAAGGGACAGAAAUAGAUAUAUCACCAAAUGGAGAGUAAUCAUUUAAAUUGCACUAUAAAAUACAUAAAAGAAUUAAAAGUACAUGUUUGAUAAUAUAUGCUUUUAUUUAUACUUUCUCAUUUGUAACUAUAAUUGAUUUCCUUGCUAAACAAAUUGUAUGUAUCAAAAAUUACUGAAAUGUAUUGUAUAUGUAUACAAGUAAAUGUAUACUAUAUACUUGUAUAAAGUAUAUAUAGUAAAACUAAACUUUUAUAUCCUUUGAAUUAUCUUGUCCAAAAUACAUGUGAAAUUAUAUAUCUAUCAGUUGGAAUAUUGUAGAUAC